AUGCGGAUCGUUGUGAGAAUAAUAACACCAUCGCGUGAUUCAUCUUUGCAUCCUCGUAUUGAUGCUUCUGAUGCUCCUGCUGAUCCUCAACUUCUGAAAAUCUAUAACAGUUUGGGUAGAUACCAACGAAACCUAUACGCUACUUUGGACAACCACGGAAAACUUACGUUUUUGCAAGGGGUUGACGCAGAGAAAAAAACCAAUAUGUUUGCUUUGCUAUUUAGACUUUCACUGAGAUUGCAUAUUAUAGAUAUUAGCUCUGGCAUCGCUUAA